GAACUCGACGAGAAGAUGGACAGGCUUAUAUAUUGGUUUAUUGUGGGUCGUCUCGUCGUCGCCCCAUAUUUUCCUUGUGCCGUUGGUGGCUGGACUUGGACUUGGACUGCGUUUGUCCUUCUGUCUGGCGUGGUCGGGGAAAGUCUCCUUGACAGGUGGGCAUGUUUUGAUACUGUACUCAGUCGUGGAUCCGAUAUUGGCUGCCCUGUCGGCCUGAACCGUUACAGCAGGAAGCGGAUCCUCUUGCCCUUGUUCGUCCUGUCAAGCCAUGUGCCGCCAAUGGGCCCGACAUCAAUCGAUCCAUGUGGGGUCGGUCUGGGAUACCAGAAAUGUAUUUCAUGAAUAGUGGAUCCUUACGUGCAGUACAGUACUGUACAGGUAUGGAAUUCAUUUUCGGCUUCCCUGCUU